AUGAAUAAAGAGACUAUAGUUAACGCUGGUCAAAACGUAGCUCGUGUCGUGGGUUAUGCCAGCACCUUUAUUCCUGUAGGAGGCCCGAUACUAGCAGCAAUUGCUCUGCUGGCUAACGAAAUACUUAGUUUAACUGAAAUAGCGGAACACAACAAAAGAAUAUGCCGUAAUCUGUCAGAACGCGUGCAGACUGCCAAUCAAUUACUGCAAAAUAAAAUGCUAACUGCAGAAAGAGACAACGUUGCCUUGCUUAACUACCAGAAGGCGCUCGAGAGAUGCAAAACAUUUAUCCAGACGAUAAGCAAGACCUCGUCAUUAAUACGCAUUCUUACUGCGCGUGAGAUCGAAAGAGAUUUUAACGACGUUACAAGAGAUCUUGACUUGGCUGUUGGUGAGCUUGGGCUCCAACAAAUAGUAAGAACGCGCGAACAAGUACGGCGGGAUAAUCAAAUGCUACGCGAUGAAAUUAAAGAAUCUUUGCAGGUUAUCGAGAAAGCCCUUGCAAACAUUUUCGAUGCGCAGAUGAGCGUACAAACAAAAAUGGAGGUAUUGGAUGCGAAGUUGGAGACCAUCCACUCGGCAAUGACACAUGUAGAUGACGUUCAUAUAAUGCCGCCCAAUAUCGAAAGUACACGCAUAUCCAGUGCCCGCGUGACCGAUGUGCUGGAAAACGGUCUACCAGUCGUGCGAGGAAAUGGAAUGAUUAAAAAGAAAAUAUUUAUUGCGCAGACGGUUGCUGAAAAAACUUUGGGUUAUCUUCGCUCAAUGUCACGAACUUUAAGUACUAUCGAGAAGCAAGUAGCUAUAUUGACCGAAUUGAGAGAUUGUCAAUAUAUUAUAAGAUUCUAUGGCACCCUCCAACGAGAUGAUUGCUUGUGCCUGGUUAUGGAAUGGGCUGAACAAGGCGAUUUGUACACAUAUUUGCAUCAAGUACCAAAUUUAUCCUGGGAUUUUAAAAUAAGGGUAGCCACCGAAAUUGCAAGCGGAUUAGUGUUCUGUCAUACUUUUGACAUUCUUCAUCAUGAUAUUAGAAGUCACAAUAUCCUUUUGACUGCUGAACUGACUGCCAAAAUAGGUAAUUUCGAGUCAGCCCGCAAGGACGCUGAAGAUAGCGUAAUUCAAAUUCCUGAUCUUUAUCUGCGAUAUCGGUGGCUCGCUCCGGAGAAACUGAAGGAUUAUGCAAAUACCAAAUAUAAUAAACAAUGUGAGAUUUACAGCUUCGCUAUCGUCCUAUGGGAGCUUGCUUCCCAACAGUUACCAUACAACAAUAUAGAAUCUACCAACGUUCUUACAAAUCGAGUAACAGCAGGCCAUAGACCGCCUCCGAUAUCAGAAACUCCUGAAGUAUAUCAACAAAUCAUGGAACUCGGAUGGUGUGACUACGAACUAAAGCGCCCUACGGCAGCAUCUAUGUUCAAUACACUCAGUCAUCUCAAACCAUCAAAUGGAAGAUCACAGUUAGAUAUACCCAGUAACAGCCUCCUUACCCUAUAUACCCCUAUAUCUAUGCCCACAACACCUACUACAGAAGAAGGAACGACUGGCUAUGAUCGUAAUCCAUCAAAAGGUGGGCAAAAUGCUCAAAAAACUGCCACGGGGUCCCCUCAAGAAUAUGAUACGAUGCCUGAGCCUGAUUCCACUCAAGUAGGUAUUUCUAUACUAAGAGAUAGUCACAAACCUUUAGGUAUAUCUGAUGCUCUCGGUCUGCACCGUCAAAAACUCUAUGCUCAAGCAUGGCCCAUAUUUGAAGCACUCGCGGAACAGGAAGACGCACUAGCAGAGUUCUAUGUUGGGUAUUACUUAUAUUCUGGUAAACACACAGUACGGCAUGAUCCUGAACGAGCCGUCGAGUAUUUCAAGCGUGCAGCUACCAAGGGUAUACCAGACGCGCAGCUUCGUUAUGCAGUCGCAUUGCUCGAAGGUGUGGGAGUUGAAAUGACACCCGAAACUAAUCGUAUUGGCGUUGAGUAUUUGAUCAAAGCAGCUAGGAAUGGGAAUUCAAAUGCUAUGUACAAUUAUGGUGAAUUGCUGAUUAAUGGAUUACAUGUGGCGAUGGAUCUGGCGGAAGGCGAAAAGUGGAUGAGGAUGGCACACGACAGAGGACAUCCAUCUGCGUAUAGAACCUUGGCUGAUCGGUUGAAAGAAUUAGGUCAAGCUGUGCCUGAGGAUGUGUCUGAGAGCUUGAAUGCAAGUGUAUAA